UACGAAGUUACAGCCCGUAUGGCUGGGACAGUAGCAGGCUUGCCGGUGCCUUCACGAUGCCAGACAAAUUCGCGAAGACUUGAUGUCCUUAUCGAACAAGCAAAGGCAAUAUUUUGGGGAGGAAUGAGCCUCUUCUCAACGUCGUACAUUGGGCAUGCUCAGAGCAUCGCAUGAGACCUUCUAUGCAGGUCUAUAGCAAAUGGCUGUCCCCGUCUCGCAUGUUGCACGUUUGAGGCCAGGAAGCCCGCGUUGUGCGGUGACGACGCUAUGAUGGACGUGAUGGUGUUAUGCGGUGGCACAUGGUAGUGAGAGAUGGAAGCCAUGGAUGUCGCACUCAGCUGAGGCGCAGCAGCACCUCCAUCUCCACGUCGCCAGGCUUGCUCUUGCACCACACAGACUCUUCUCUGCCUUUGCGAUUCGGUUGUCUUGAUUGAUCAUAGAUAGUCGAAGUUUUCGUUGAAGCAAUAUGGCGUCCAUCGAACAGAUGCACACAGCCAUGAUCAACCGGUCAAUCCGAACGAUCAAAGCUGAACUCGAAUACCUCUGCGAUGCCUCCGUCAUCACCCCACAGGUACUCAACAGCCUGCUCAGCCGGAUACCAGAGCAAACUGCCCUCCACGCUCCCAUAUCCGUUGGAGCCGUGCCGGGCGGCGCACCUACCGCACUACAACCUCCCACAUCACCCAUGAAUAACCUCACAGUGCAGAACCAACGGACUAACGGCGCGGCAAAUGAGAAGCAAGACGGCAGUUACUACCAACAACCUGCGCCCUCUCCGCAGCCACCGCCUGCGUAUAACGCACCUCCACCGCAGGCCAACUGGCCACCUCUCGCCCAGGCCACCGCACUUUACGCAUACACAAGUACCGACGCCGGUGACCUCGAGCUUCAACCCAACGACCACAUCACCGUUACCGAGUACAUGAAUGCCGAAUGGUGGAAGGGUCGGAGCUCACGGACCGGUCAAGAAGGCAUCUUCCCACGGUCGUAUGUCAAGGUCAUGGACGAGAAAGCGCCACCGCAGCAACCUCCGCCAACGAACUAUGGCAAUGCGCCGCUUGAGGUCAGUCAGAUGGGUGAUGGUCAGGGCAAGGUGCCGACGAAGUUCGAAGAGCAAGGCAAGAAGUUUGGGAAGAAGCUUGGGAAUGCUGCCAUUUUUGGCGCGGGAGCGACGAUUGGUAGCAACAUUGUCAACAGCAUCUUCUAG